AUGAGAAUAUUCUCCCUUCUAGCCACCGCGCUGGGCCUAGGCCUUCUCCCAGCAGCAUCACUCGCGCAGACCGCCCUCCCACUCUCGUCAUCGGGCCGCUGGAUCCUCGACGCCGACGGCGCGCGCGUGAAGCUGCGCUGCAUCAACUGGGCCGGCCACCAGGAGACAAACCUGCCCGAGGGCCUGAACAAGAAGUCGGCCGACUACAUCGCCGACUUCGUGGCCGCGCAGGGCUUCAACUGCGUGCGCCUGACGUACUCGAUCGACCACGCGCUGGCCCCGGACGUCGGCGUCGGCGAGGCGUUCACGGCGGCGGCGGACGCGGCGGGCGUGAGCGUCGAGGACAUGGACGGCAUCUAUGGCGACGUCGUGGCGCAGAACGCGUUCGCGGGAGAGGCUGGGGCGACGGUCAGGGGAGUCUGGGAGCAGGUCGUCGCGGCGCUGUGGAAGAGGGGUGUCACGACGAUUUUGGACAACCAUGUAUCUAAGGCUAGCUGGUGCUGCAACAUCGACGACGGCAACGGCUGGUGGGACGAGGGCUUCGGCUACAACGACGCCAACAGCCGCUUCUUCAAGACGCAGAACUGGCUCGACGGGCUGCAGGCCAUGGCCGAGUGGUCUGCCUCGCAGCCGGGGGUAAUCGGCAUGGGCCUCCGCAACGAGGUGCGCGAGUGGCUGCUGCAGGGCACCUUCAACGACCGCGCCGACUGGUAUAGCUUUAUGACGCAGGGCGCCGAGCGCGUGCACGGCGCCAACGCCGACCUGCUCGUCAUCAUGGGCGGCACGCAGUCGGCGACGGACCUGACGCACCUGCGCACCGUCGGGACGCUCGACUGGACCGCCUGGACUGGAAAGCAUGUAUGGGAGUGGCACGCGUACGAUUUUACAGUUACUUUCGCGCUCGCCAAGGGUGACUGCCCGCUGCUGAAGCAGACCUGGGGUCUGUUCGACGGCUUCGUGCUCGAGCAGGGCCAGGACUACACGGCGCCGCUGAUCCUGUCCGAGUUCGGGUUCGGCAUGACGGGCGGGCCCGACGACGGGCUUACCGAUGAUGACAAGGCAUACCUUGACUGUCUAAAGGAGUAUGUGACGGGGAAUGAUGGCGAGUGGGCGCUUUGGGCCCUCGAGGGUUCAUACUAUGUGCGCGAGGGCACGGUUAAUUACGAUGAGGGCUUUGGGCUCAUGGAUUUCGACUGGAAUGGCUUGCGCAAUCCGAAUGUUACGGCCUUGCUGGCGCCUAUGCUUGAGGUUACACAGGGGCCUUGA